AUGUUUCCACUCAAAAGCAUAUUGACACCUAGAGUCCCUUAUAGUGCUGCUAGAGUGUUCUCACACGCUGGUUUGGUAGGUCUUCCUGCUUCACGUGCUGUGAGAGCAUACUCGACUGAGAAGCCAAAGAAGAAGAAACAGAAGGCUCCAGAUGUGUCUUUGGUACCUAUCAAGGCAAUUGGAGUUUUGGCAGACUUCUACAUUCCUCCAAGACUCAGAGACUGCCCAGUUACCUCGUGGCACAAGCUCAUUCUCAGACGAAUUGGAGCGUUCGGAUUGAACACCUUCAGUAUUUCUAAGUUCAAGUCAGAUACCAAGUUGAAGCUCAGAAUCAAUGACUGGAAGGAGUUGGCCGUGGACAAGUAUGUGAAAACAAACAAGAUCUUUGCAGCUGCAUGCUCUCUUCCUGGUGCUCAAAGACAGUCCUACUUGCAGUCGCAACUAGAUGGAAUUGCAGGUAUUGAAGUUGUGAAGUCAUUGGCUGCCAGAGCUGUGACUUUCCCUAUUCGUUCUAAAUUAGAGUGGAAUUUGAAAAGCAUCGAAGGUAACCCCAAGUUGGUCAGUUUUACCCCAAUUCCAGACAGCAACGAUGUUUCUGCUGUAGUUCAGUUUGUUGUUAAGGUUCAAACCAGACAAGAAAUGGUUAUCACUUCCGAUUCUCAAGAGCCUAACACGACAGAGAGACUGGUGACUGAUUACAUUGUUAUAACGAUGAAUCCUUACACCGACGAGAUGGCAUUUGUGGGAACGUUGUUCGAGAGCGAUCAUGUAAGAGGAGUGAAGCCAGAGUUGGAGAUGGAAAAUGUCAGAGCGUUGGAGAGUUACCAGAAGCUUUGUGCUGAUAUCUAUAGAGCUGCACCACCAGCGGUGACGGAAGGGAAGCAGUAA